AUGUGGUACCGAUUAUUCAAACGAUUGUUUCAACUGACAUUAUUCUUCAUAUGGAGUUUAAUAUUAAUUUAUCUGAUAUUUCUUUCAAUUUUUACUUUUAUUAUUUUCAAUAUUUGUUUAACCAUAUUUUUAUUUUGGUUUAUUAUAACAUUAAUCGGAUGGUCAUUUACCAUUAUUCCUAUACUAAAAUUUGUUUUUGUACCAUGGUAUCAUCAACAAUGUCGUUUAUGGACACAAAAAAAUCAACAAAACCGUUACAAUGUUGCUUUUUUUCAUCCCUAUUGUAAAAAUGUAGGUAGUAGUGAACGAGUUUUAUGGAUUGCAAUUAAAUCAAUUCUUAAAAAAUAUAAAAAUGAUAUCCAAAUUAUUAUUUAUACAGGUGAUAUUGAUACAACACCAGAAGAAAUUUUUCAAUGUGUUAAACAACAUUUUGAUAUAGAUAUGGAAAUUCAUAAAUCUUCAAUAACAUUUAUUUAUCUAAGAAGUCGAUUUUUAAUUGAAGCAAAAUCUAAUACUAUAUUAACUUUAUUAAGACAAAAUAUUGGUUCAAUUAUUCUAAGUUUUGAAGCAUUAAUACAUUUUAUACCUGAUAUUUAUAUUGAUUCAAUGGGUUAUACAUUAACUUAUCCAUGUUUUUAUUAUCUUGCUUCAAUUCCAAUUAUUUCCUAUGUUCAUUAUCCAACAAUUAAUAGUAAUAUAUUCGAACAAAUAAAUGAAGAAUAUAAAAUAUAUAAUAAUCAUCAAUCUAUUAUCAAGAAUUCAUUAUUAAUUAAAAUUAAAUUAAUUUCUUAUCAAAUAUAUACUUAUGUUUAUAGUUGGUGUGGACGAUGUUCAAAAAUUGUUUAUUGUAAUUCAAUAUCGACAAAAAAACAUAUUGAAUCUAUAUGGAGAUUAUGUUGUAUUGGUCCUGUUUAUCCACCAUGUGAUAUUAAACAAUUUUUAGAAAUGCCAUUAAUUAAUGAUGAUGAACAAAUGAUAAAAACAAUCGUUUCAAUUGGACAAUUUCGACAUGAAAAAAAUCAUGAAUUACAAAUUCGAGCAUUUCAUCAACUUUUACAAAAAAAAUCAAAUUAUCAUCAAAAAUUAAAAUUGAUAUUAAUUGGUAGUAUAAGACAUAAUGAAGAUAGAAAAUAUCUAGAACAAUUACAAUUACUUGUUGAUAAUUUAAAUAUUAAUAAUGAAGUCAUAUUUAAAAUAGAUAUAGAUUUUCAAGAAUUAAAAAUUCAACUUAAUCAAGCAAUAAUUGGUUUACAUACUAUGCAAAAUGAACAUUUUGGAUUAGGUAUUGUAGAAAUGAUGGCUGCAGGUGCAAUUGUAGUUGCUCAUAAAUCCGGUGGUCCACAAAUGGAUAUUAUUGAUGAAGGAAAAACAGGAUUUUUUGCUUCGGAUAUUGAUUCCUAUGUGACAAUGAUGGAAACAAUACUUGAAAUGAAAUGUAAUGAACGACGUCAAAUACAAGAACAAGCACGUAGCAGUGUUGAUCGAUUUAGUAUAUUAAAUUUUGAAAGAUUAUUUAUAGAACCAUUUGAGAAGAUUUUAUUUAUCAAAUAA